AUUUGCGUGUGUGUAUGUACAUGCCACUAUACGUACGGAUAGCAAAGUGGGUGUUUGCAUUUGCGGGAUCGAUCACGGCCGCCAGCUUAGCUUGUGAAAGCGAAGGGACGGGGAUACUCACAUCCAUACAACAACAACGGACAGAACAUAACGGCCAUCCGCAGUCCUCCUCCUACUCUUCUCCUUCCUCUCGCAACCAUUCAUCCCCCGGCCGGCACAGGUAGCGAAUCGUCAGGCAGCAUACGCCCGUGCAGAGAUCGAGAGAAAGAACGAAAGAAGAAAGGCCAUACAUAGCAGCUGCAUCUGAGACCGGCACACAUUGUUUGUCCACGACAUCAACAAACCAGCAGCUUUCCGCCCGUUCGUGCAGGAGAGGAUAUAUCCCCUCGCAUACGUACCUACCUCUGCCUACAUACAUUAGGUACAUACCUCAUAGACAUAUACACACAUACCUGAGGAAAAGAAAACCAUGGCCGACCGCUCCCGCGAGUCCCUAUACCAGUACGCGUCGCAGGCGACAACGACCGCAGCCGCCCGGUACCAGCACCUGAGCGGCCACCACCACCACAGCCACAGCAAGUCCGUUCCCGCCAACUCGAUACCGCCCGCCUCGCCCCACGACACUCUGCGCGGCGAGAACGGCUCCGACGACGACGACUCGGACACCACUGGCGUCGGUGGCAGAUUUCGCAGCGGCAGCGGCAGCAAGCAGAUCAAGAGAAGGUCGACGACGACGGCGGGCAGCAGGGAGCAUAGCAUCGCCCGCGAGGCCGUCGGCGCAAACAUUAGACGGCUUAGUGCUGGCACGGCUAGGUCGAGUGAUCGUGACCUGUUCAUCUGGGAGAACGGCGGUACUUCCGAGGAGAUUUCGGCGGCGACAUUGAGGAAGGAGCGGCGGCAUCGAGAAAGAGCCGAGAGGGAGCGGGAGCGAGAACGCGAGAGGAUGGAGAGAGAACGUGAGGCCAAGAACAGGGAGGAGCGCGAGAAGGAGAGGGCUCGCGAGGAGCGGCGAGAGGAGAAGCGGCAGAAGAAGCAGCUGAGCAAGAUGGAGAAGGAACGGGCCAAGAACGAGCGCAAGAGAGAAAGCUCGGGAAUUUCCAUCAUGGCCGCGGAUGAUAGCCCACAUGGCGGUAUCCGACUCCGCGAGUCACCGCCCAGCAGCUACCGUGCCAGUCGUCCCGCAUCCAUGGAGAUACCUGCCGCCCCGUCUCCGUCCGCCUAUACCGAGCCCAAACGACGAGAGACAUCGGUAUCGCCGCAGCAGCGCACCGUGCCCGCGGCACCUCCUUCGCCUCCUCGGUCCGCAAGGAGUGGGCGCCAGCAGGCAACCCCGCCUCCGGAAUAUGCCCGACGAGAUACCGAUACUUCGGACACUCCGCCCCAGUCGCCGCCAGACAUCGUGAAGCCUUCCAUCACGAACAAGACUCCGACGUCUGUAGCCGUGCCCAAGGCGUCAACUCCAAUCUCCGGCCCGACCAUCACCAACGGCAACGGCAUUCUCGCUCCCAAACCAGGGCGAAAAUCCAUGCCCGCAUCCCCCAUCGAGGAGAGGAAGCAAAAGCCCGAGCCAGUGGAGCUAGCAGUUGUGACACCACACGCGAUGCCAAUCCUCCAUGCAGUCCAGCAACUUCACCAAGCCCAGCAAUCGCAAGCCCCGAUCCUCUACCGCAGCCAAACCACCAGUCCCUCCAUUGCCGGCAGCAGCAUCGUGACGGUUCGCCGCUCACCCAGUGCUGCGACAGCGCCCACACUCACCUCACUCAACACCGAGCCCAAGCGCCAAUCCACACCACCCCGGAUCUCGGAUCCAACCCCCAGAAUCUCCGACUCGGCGCCAGCAGCAUCACCACCACCACCAUCGCGGCCAUCACGACCACCAUCUCGCUCAGCCCCCACACCGCCACCCACACGCCUCUCCUCGACACCACCACAGCUCCCCAGAAUAUCCGACCCGCCCCCACGCCCGCCGUCGCCCAGCAUCUCCGAGAUAACCACGGCACCACCCAACCCCCCGGACCUCUCCAAGCGCUCACACGCCUCGACCCCAGCCCUAAUCCUCGCCACCAACCUAACCGAAUCCCCCUUGAUCCAAGCGCAACCCAACAAGUCGCAGCGCAACGCCUCCCCGCGGCGCAGCUACAUUGCGCCUCACUCGGCGGCGGCCGACUACGCGGCCGGAAUAGGCCCCUACUUCCCGCUGCAGUCAUCAUUCCAGAGCAACGCGCGCCCGCGCUCGAAGCGCCCACUAUCAUUCUCGCAGACCCCCACGCCCUACAUCGAAGACGACGCGCCCACGCCGCGCGGAAAACACCACAGUCGCAGCGCAAGCGCGAACCCGUACCCGCCGCCGCCCGUCCCCUCGUAUUUCCCCGAGCAGAGCUACGGCUAUGCUCCUACCCCCCCACUGCCUCCCCCGCCUCUCCAGGGUGCUCAUGCGUAUCCCCCCUACGAUCCGUACGACUUGUAUAAUGCAUACCCCGCCUACUCCCUCCCCGGCCCGAGCCAUGACCUCGACCACCCGGAUCCGUUCAUGUACAUGACGCCGCCGUCGGAGCUGGUGCCGGCGCCGGAGCGCUCCGGCAGGCGCAGGAAGAGGAAGCCCGCGGGUGGGCUGAAUAGGGAGUACUAUGGCGAAGGCGACGCGAUGGUUAAGGUCCGUGGAGAGGAGACGGCGACCGAAGAGAGUGAGGAGUUCGCUACGGAUGGGAGCGCGAGUGGGUGGACUACUAGGAGUGGGAGUCCCGCUGAGGAGAGGGCGGUCGUGGAUGGGUUAGGGAUUGAACUCGCGAGGGAAAAGGAGAGGGAGAGGGAGGAGGAGGAGGAACGGGAGAAGGCGGGGAUGCUAAGGGUUAGGCAGCAAGAGGAACAGAGGCAGAUUCAGUUGCAGAUCGAGCGGAUGGAAAAGAAGGCGCCAGAGAUAGAGCUUGAGGUGAAGGGGCCUGAGAUCAAGCAGCCCGAACCGAUUAGGCUGGAACCCGAGGUUAACCUCCCAAAGGAUGGGGAGCCCGAGAUCCAGCAGCCAGAGGAUAAGCCACCUGAGACUGAGAUGUCAGAGGAUGAUGAACCCGAGUUCAGCCAGCCCGAGAAGGAACCCGAGACCAAGCAGCCUGGGGAGAACGAGCCAGAGAAUGAAUGGGUCGAUGAGGACGAACCGGAUGAAGCCGAGUCCGACGUCACAUCUUCGCCAGCGAAAGUAGCCUUACCGGAACACAUCUCUGAUCCUGGCCCGGCAGUAUCGGAGUCAGAUGGCGUAGCUAUCUGCUCGGAAUCGGAAGAAGAGGAAUUACUGGCAGCAGAAGUUUGUUCAGUAGUUGCCGAGCAACCAGCAGCGGAACAGAUGCCGCCGGUUGAAGUCUGGCCAUUACCACCGCCACUUCCACCAGCUCUACCAGCUCUUCCGGCUCCAUCAGCUCUUCCGGCUCCAUCAGCUCCAUCAGUUCUUCCAGCUCCAUCAGUUCUUCCAGCUCCAUCAUUUCUUCCAGCUCCAUCAACUCCAUCAGCUCCUUCAGCACCAACUCAAGCCACUGUCUUCAUCCCCGAGAACCCAUCACCGCUCGACACAGGCUACCCGCUUCUCGCCAAGACCAUGGCCACCUGCCCGGGGCGACAAGUAUACCGGCGCUUCACGGCACUCAACCACCGCAUUCUCCUGCACAUGCAGGACGAAAUCAGCGAGAUGUCGGCAAUGUUGGACAAGCUCGAAGCCGAGCCGGAAGCCAACCUGCGUAAUCGCCGAAGACUGAUGACAACGCCACGGGAAGAGCAGCGAUUGCAGAUGCUGGGUGCUAUUGCCUGGAAGUUGGGGCAGUAUAAUGAGGCGGUAAAAGCAUACCAGAAUACUCUCACCAUCCCCGCUGCCGAGGAAGACGACGUGGCCGAGUUUCGGGGCUGGCUAAGGGAGUGCCAUCCCGUAGCUGCGAAGGAGGCGCACUUCCUCGACGACGGAAACGAUCUGAUGGCGCUCGGGCGCCUGCCCAAGCCGCCUUCCCCGCCCGAUUCCGUGACAGUUCACGUUCCUGCACCUGCACCCACUCCUGCCACUCUGGCCAUUGCUCCUCCCCCUCCUCCUCUCUCCCCAGCCAAAACCUCCCACCUCCCCCCACCCGAACCCUCACCCCUCCCCACAACCCCUGCAACCCCCGCCCCCGCUGCAGCCCAACCGCUCACAACCCGCCUCCCCCAAAGCCCCACACUACUCCAGCUCACCACGAUCCUCGCAAUCCUAAUCGCGCCACUCCUGUACCCCUCCGCACCACCAACGAUAAUCACUGCGCCAGCCGUCGCUGCGGCCUCAGCCGCCGCCGCUGCCGCCGCAGUCGAGGCGACAAGUAUGAGCUGGCUCGGCUUUUUCCUGCGCGCGUUCGUGUGGAUACUUGCCCUUGCCGCGCCCGCGGUGGUGGUGUUGGGGGUGUUUGAUUCUGGUGGUGGUGGUGGGGGUGGUGGGAGGGAUGGGAUUGGUGGUGAUGGAAGAGAGAGGAAAGGGAGGAGGAAGGUGGCGGGGGCGUGUUUGCUCGUUGGACUGGUGGCGGGGUUGGGGGUGAUUUCGUUAUAGUCUUUAUACUUAUUACAUGAUACGAAUGGUGUAUUUGUUGUAUUUUUGGUGUACUUUUGUAUUUUUUUGAUGAGUUUUGGUGCUGAGUGGGUUAUGAUGAUCAUGAAUGAAGACAUAUUCUGUUUUACUCGAGUAUAAUGUAGCAAUGCUCUACAAUGAUGGCUUUGAUUCGUGGUGUGUGGAGAGUGGUUGUUACGCUGGAGAUGACACAGGCUACCCCAGGCUACUCUACCUACACAUCACAGUCAAGCAUCAGUACUACAGUCAGCACAUAUCACGCUUCAACUCUCAACUCUCAACUUUGCUCAUUCCCUUGUUAUUCCCUUAUUAUUCUAACCAGCCAGUACUAUGCUAGGUAAUUUCAUGGAAUCCUAUCCGUCCGCAGCAAAUCCUCA